UGAAUUAAAAAUUGGAUUACAAUUAUUAUUUUAUUAAGUUGUAUAAAAUAUAAACUCAUCUAUUGAAGUUUUUUUUUAUAAAUAUUUACAGUAUAAUUUAAUUUAAAACACUCGUUUAUUCAAUAACUAAAAAGUGUAUACUGAUAUAUAAUUGUUUUUCAAGGCCCCACUAGUCAUUAAUACUUUUUUUCAUUUGUGGGGGAAGAAAAAUAAAAUUUUGUCAACAAAGCCUGUGACGUGUGGCCCACGUUUCGCUUGUACAGAAGAGGUCGGGAUUUUUUUUCUACGCUGUCCGGUUGACACAGAAAUAGAUUUUUUGGAAGAUUGCCUCAAUGUGCGAGGGCCGCUUCAUGUAUGCCAGGUCCACAAUACAGUUGACCAACAGUUUUCCGAACCAGGGCCAUGUAGAUACAUUAGAUCAUUCAGUAGAUACUUAAAUUUAUAUUUUUUUAAUUUAUUGUAUUACGUGUUUUUAUCUAAAGUUCGGUUAAUGUUUCCUCCGGAUAUGAAUGGCCACGCUCCGUCAGAAAAGCGCCGCACUAGAUACGCUCGAUCGUCGACAGUCAGUGUUACCCAAAUGUUAUCAGAUUCUUGUUCUAGUCUUAUUAACCGCAUAACCGGACGAUCUCGUGGUCCAUCCGAGUGUAUCCGUAAACCUGAACUUAAACCUGUCGAAACGUCGCGAAAUCAUAAUAUUCCUUCGUCAUCGUCAUCGUCUUCCUAUCUUCCAAGCCCAUUUCAUUCAUCUGGAUACUCAGUACGUAAUGAAGAUCGUUAUUUAUCCGCCUUAGAUGCCCAUCGUUACCGAAGACAACAAAGACCCCUCACUAAAAGUGCUACCACAGUUUUGUUAUCAGAAAAAGCUUAUCCGUUUGUUCAUCAAACCCCACGCGAAAAGACCCCGUAUCGUCGGCAUAAACCCAACGUACUUUUAUCAAUACGACCAUUAAAACGGUCUCCUACAACCAUUACUGCUACAAUACAUACACCCGAACCUGUAGUACAACCAGUAGACCCUGUGAUAACGGAGCGUGAAGCCAGGCGUAAGGAGAUACAGACAUUGAUUAUGAAAUAUUCAGCCUUGGACAAUGACGAGGAAAAUGAUGAUACUCCUAGUGUUUUGACUAAGUGCCAACAAAAGUAUUCUUCCAUUCUUACCUCUUCUGUGAGCAGCGGCCAGCGAGCAAGAAGUCCAGUCAUUGUGGAUGACGAAGAGGGACAUCUGAUAUACAAAAAUGGAGACAAUCUGGCCGAUAGAUAUCAAAUCAUCCAAACCCUUGGUGAAGGUACUUUUGGAAAGGUAGUGAGUGCCAAAUGUCUGAAAAACCGUGAUGAAAUUGCUGCAGUUAAAAUAAUAAAAAAUGUUGAAAAAUAUCGAGAAGCUGCUCGUUUAGAAAUUAAUGCCUUAGAAAAACUAAACACGAAGGAUCCAGAAAGUAAAAAUCUUUGUGUUCGAAUGAUUGAUAACUUUGAAUUUGGAGGACAUGUAUGCAUUGGAUUUGAAUUGUUGGGACUAAGUGUUUUUGACUUUUUGAAAGAAAAUAACUAUCAACCAUACACAGUUGACCAAGUGCGGCAUAUAUCUUAUCAAUUAUGUUAUGCUGUCAGAUUCUUACAUCGCAAUAAACUGACACAUACUGAUCUGAAACCAGAAAAUAUACUUUUUGUCAAGUCUGAGUAUGAUACUCAAUAUAAUCAAAAAAAGCGUGCGUAUAAAAUGAUCAAAGAUACCGAAGUACGAUUAAUUGAUUUUGGUAGUGCCACUUUUGACGAUGAACACCAUAGUACAGUUGUAUCAACUAGACAUUACAGAGCACCUGAAGUUAUUUUAGAACUUGGGUGGGCUCAACCAUGUGAUGUAUGGUCUAUUGGAUGUAUUAUUUUUGAACUUUAUUUGGGUAUUACGUUAUUCCAAACCCAUGACAAUCGUGAACACCUUGCAAUGAUGGAGCGAAUUCUUGGUUCAAUACCUUACAAGAUGGCCAGAAGAAGUAAAACAAAAUAUUUCUAUCAUAGCAAAUUAGAUUGGGACCAAUCCAGCUCUGCUGGACGAUAUGUUAGAGAAAAUUGCAAACCCUUAAAGAGAUACAUGAGCUCUGAAGAGGAAGACCACAAACUAUUGUUCGAUUUGAUCUCUCAAUUGCUCAAGUAUGAGCCAUCUCAACGCAUGACCAUGGAGGAAGCUUUAGACCACCAAUUUUUUUAUAAACUACCCGCUCACCAAAGACUUCAUGAUAAAGAAGAAAGAUCACAUUCACUGUCCAGAUGAAAAUUUCGUAAUAGCCGUGGUCGCUAAACAUGUACCUCUGGCUUAAGUGUAUCUUAUUAUUGAGAUGCCAACUGUUGUUUUUUUAUUUUUAACUGAUCUAGUUUAAGGUUUCCUUAACUAGGAUAAGAUAAAGAAAACGAUAUAUACAUAAUUUGUAUAUAGUUACUUUUGUAAUCAUUCGCAUUAAGUGUUAGUAGAUUUAUGAAGUUUAACUUAAGAUAUUUUUUCCCUUCCAAGAAUAGAAAUAUGUUAAACAUGUUCUCAAUGUAUUCAAAAUUCUUUAUUCAUAACUAUAUAUGUGUAUACAGGUAAUCUAGAAAAAUUAUAAAAGUUUUAUACACAAAAUAGUAUAAAACAUUUAUAAUUUUAUGGACACUAUUAGUAGUUUGAAUAAUAAGCAUUAAAAUGAUAAGCCUAUUGUAUCCUAAUAAUUUAAAAUAUUGUUAGUAGUUUCUAAUAAAUUUCUAUUCAUGAGAAUUUCACAAAUUUUAUCCCAACCAUAAACGAUACAAUUUAACUAACAGUGAGUUAUUUUUUGGUUUUUCCUCAAUUAAUUAUUUCUGUUUGCUGUUUACUUCUAUUUCUAUUUAUAAAAGAUCCAACUUCUAAAAAAAAAAUAAAAUAAAAGUUAGCUUAAAUAAUAAUUUGUAUUUUCACUUACCUCUAAAUAUUAUACCCAUUAAACUUUUGAAAUAAUUUUAAAAAGGAAGUAAGUAUCCACUCUGCUGUAACAAAUAAAGUAAUAAAGUCUUGAUUUGAUUAUCAUUAUUCUUCAAACGUCAAUUAAUUAUUCCAAGUGUACUUGCUGAUUAACUGUUUUUUCAUUAAUAUCACUAUUUAUUAUUAUUGUAUUAUAUGCAUAUAGUCGUCUGAUAAUUUAUAUACUGUGUGCUUAUUUAAACAUUCUAAGUGCCAUCCGCGUGCAGCCAUCAUAAAAAUACGUAGUAAUAUAGUACACACUAACUGUAUUGUAGACAUAGGUCUUUCUUUUUCAUUCUACCCGAUUAUAGUGUUACUGUACAAUCUAUUUUUCAGUCAUGUUUUUUUUCUCUGUGUACACGUCUAAUCUAUAUGUGAUAAUAAUAAAUAUAAUACAUGAAUAUUACCAUUUAUUAUAAA